AGGCGGGGGUGACCUGCCGAGCACGUGAGCAUUGGCCCCUUCUCCCCGCUCUCGUUUAUCCUUAGGGGUCGGUAGCUGCGGGGACAGCCCGGGGCCAGGUGUAUGGCCACGGAGUUACGGUGUCCGGACUCUAUGCCCUGUCACAACCAGCAAGUAAACUCUGCCUCUAGCCCAAGCCUCGGGCCGCCGCUACCUGGCGACCUGAUCCCAGACCAUGCCGGGGGAAACAGCGCCUCCAUGGCCAAGCUGACUGUCCUCACCGGGCACGCCCAUUCUAGCGUACCCGCCGAGAGGGACCCUCAGGCCUGCGGCGGCGCCAGCCUCAACUCAGAGAGCAACGGUGGCAGUGGCAACUAUGACGCACCAGCCGGCGACUCCUUCCUAGGGGACUGCGAACUCGCCGGGCAGAUCGGGGCACAGCUUAAGUUGCUGCCUAUGAAUGAUCAGAUCCGGGAGCUGCAGACCAUCAUCCGGGACAAGACAGCCAGUAGAGGGGACUUCAUGUUUUCUGCGGAUCGUUUGAUCAGACUUGUUGUGGAAGAGGGAUUGAAUCAGCUGCCAUAUAAAGAAUGCAUGGUGACCACUCCAACAGGGUACAAGUAUGAAGGAGUCAAAUUUGAGAAGGGAAAUUGUGGGGUCAGCAUAAUGAGAAGCGGUGAGGCAAUGGAACAAGGUUUACGAGACUGCUGUCGAUCCAUACGAAUUGGAAAGAUCCUGAUUCAGAGUGAUGAGGAGACACAAAGAGCCAAAGUAUAUUAUGCCAAGUUCCCACCAGACAUUUACAGGAGAAAAGUCCUUCUGAUGUAUCCAAUUCUCAGCACUGGAAAUACUGUAAUUGAAGCUGUAAAGGUCCUUAUAGAACAUGGAGUUCAACCCAGUGUUAUCAUCCUACUCAGUCUGUUUUCCACUCCUCAUGGUGCCAGAUCAAUCAUUCAAGAGUUUCCAGAGAUCACAAUUUUAACUACUGAAGUUCAUCCUGUUGCACCUACACACUUUGGACAGAAAUACUUUGGAACAGACUAAAUUAUUGAAGGAAACUUAUCUUGUGUAAUGUUACAGUUAUGUUUUGAGUUUCUACCUGUUUUACUAAUUCACUUGAGGAAUGGCAGAGAAAAUUACGUUAAAGAUGCUUUGUAAUUUUUGGAAAUGGGUAUAGUAAAAAGGAAAUAUUUCAGGUUUAUUUAUUUUA